AUGGCAGGAAGACCUUUCUCUGAACUGGUCAAAAUGGGCGAAGCCAUAGAAGACGGCCUCAAAACCUACCGAAUAGUAAGCAUGACUGGAAAAUCUGCUGGUUCAGGUUUCACCGGGUUCAUGCGCAAAAAGAAAGAAGACGUGGCUAGCAUAUCCCACAUCCCUAAACCCAAAAGAAGGGAAGAUUUCCCAAUGGGAGCAUAUGCUUCACCUCCUCCAAAUAAUUAUGUACCCACCCCAUACAACACGGUGCCUGUAUAUUAUGCGCAACCAAACUUCCAAUCACCACCCCCAAACUACCAAGCUCCACCAAAUACCUUCCAUUCACCUCCCCCAAAUUACCAAGCUCCACAGCCAAAUUAUCAGACUCCCCCACCCAUUUACCGUACCCUACAAAAUGACCAACCCAAUACCUACCAAAAUCAUCCACCACCAAAUGCCUACAAUGCGCCACGUCCAAAUUUUGAGAAGAAACCCCCUCGGGUGUUCACUCCGCUAAUGGAAUCUCGGACUGAUUUGUUCAAGAGGUUAAGCGCGGCUGGAAUGAUUCAAGUACUUCCGCCAAAAGCCGUUGAUCCAAAGAAUCGAUUUUACUGA